UGAAUGAUCUGUCAGGAACCGGAUAUUCCACUCGCACGCGCGAGAUAACGGUGUUUUUGUUUAGCGUCGCUUUUACUUACUGUGUAAUAAUCUCACGGCGCUGUGAUAAACAUAUUCGGAACUAAAAAUCAUACUUUUUUUUUUUUUUUCACGCCAUGGAGUGAGUUAGAAUCUCGGAAGUUAAAUAUAUUCGAGGUUGAACAGAAGCGAGCCGGUUAGCGCGGAAGAAGCGAGCCGUUACCCCCCCACACACACCGAGCCGUUUAGCCGUGUUGCUAGCCGGUGAACAUGGGCAGCGCUUUGAGGUCGAAUCUGUCGCGGCUGUUGACGGCGUUACACGACCCGCAGCACGUCGCCCGGUUUCAGGAGAUGUGCGGUGUGCGGGGGACGUUCACGAAGUCGGACGGAGACCGGAGGAAGAGACCGGACCGGGGGGACGUGAACGGCGGCGCGGUGAACGGGACCGCGCACGGAGCUGGAGACGCGCGCCCGUCCUCUAACGGCUCCUCCGGGACCGCGCGCGGGCCGCUGCGCAGGAACUCUCUGACGGGAGACGCGGGACACCAGUUCGUCAUCUCGAACCGCCUCCUGUACUACGUGUUCACGCUCGGCACCGAACUCGGCAACGAGAUCUUCUACAUCAGCUUCUUCCCGUUCCUCACCUGGAACUUCGACCCGUACGUGGCGCGCCGCCUGAUCGCGCUCUGGGUCUGGGUCAUGUACCUGGGCCAGUGCACCAAGGACCUCCUGCGCUGGCCGCGGCCCGCCUCGCCCCCCGUCGUCAAGCUCGAGGUCUUCUACGACUCCGAGUACAGCAUGCCGUCCACGCACGCCAUGUCCGGUACCGCCGUGCCGCUCGGGCUCUUCCUGCUCACCUACAACCGCUGGGAGUACCCGUUCCUUCCUGGACUCGCCCUGGCUUUGACCUGGAGUCUGCUGGUGUGUGUGAGCCGCGUCUACAUGGGCAUGCACUCCAUCCUGGACGUGAUCGUCGGAUUCCUGUUCAGCCUGCUCAUCCUGGCCGUCUUCAGUCCCGCCCUGGAAGCUAUCGACGCAUUCACCCUGUCCUCCAGAUACGCCCCCGUCCUCGUUGUGUCACUGCACGCCAUCUUAGGGCUUUUCUCCUUCACCCUGGACACAUGGAGCACGUCCCGCGGUGACACCGCUCAAAUCCUGGGGACGGGCGCCGGCAUCGCCGUGUCGUCUCACCUCAACCACCAGCUGGGCCUGAUCGUCGAUCCUCCCGCCUCCAUGUUGCCCAUGCAGCCUCCGCCGCUCAGCCUGGGCCUCUUCGGGUGGAGCGUGCUCCGGUUCGUCCUGGGCGUGGUGAUGCUGAUCGUCACGAGGGCGGCGAUGAAGGCCCUCACGAUCCCGCUGGUGUGCCGUGCCGUCGGGGUCCCGAGCCACGACGUCCGGAAAGCCAGACAGCACAUGCAGGUCGAGCUUCCAUAUCGGUACAUCGUCUACUGGACUGUAGGCUUCAGCGCUUUCUUCCUCGUACCCUUUAUCUUCAGCUGCAUUGGCUUGUCCUGAUCAGGCUGAUCAGGUAGA